CCAUUUUUUCAUUAUGCACUUUUACAAAACUCCACUUUUUCAUUAUGCACUUUUUCAAAAAGCUGAACCAAACUCAUCCUAAGUUUUUGACCACAGUGAGCACAAGUGUGCACCGAAUGUGAGGUUGAGGGAGGAGGACGAGGAACUCUUUGAAAUGAAUUAUGUUGAGUUCAUUUGGAGGGAUAUUGAGGGUAGUGAUCUUGAUACUAGGAGGAGAAUUGUGUGUGAGCUUCUUAAAGGGAUUGCGACCAAUUAUAAGCAACAGGUCACCGAGAUAGUUUCUGCACAGAUUCAGCAUUUGUUAACUUCGUUUGCUGCAAACCCAGUUACAAAUUGGAAGGAUAAGGACUGUGCCAUAUACUUAGUUGUCUCCCUUGCUAGUUGCUACUAAGAAGGCUGGGGGUAGUUUGGUCUCGACAGAUCUUGUUGAUGUUCAGAGUUUUUUUGCUUCAGUUAUUGUGCCGGAGUUGAAGGGUCAGGAUGUGAAUGGGUUUCCGAUGCUUAAGGCAGGUGCACUGAAAUUCUUUACAAUGUUCAGGAAUCAAAUAUCAAAGGAUGUUAUAGUUCAGAUUUUCCAAGAUUUGGUUCGGUUCCUUGUUGCGGAAUCAAACUUAGUUCAUUCUUAUGCUGCAAGUUGUAUUGAGAAACUGUUGCUGGUCAAUGAUGAGGGGGGAAGAUCUAGAGUCCGAGGAGAAUCAAUAUAUAAUGAAGUGUGGGGUAGCAGAAAUACACCUAUUGUGAUGCGUGUUAUUCUUGCAUCAAUCCGUGGGACUGUGAUGGAGCUUGGAAAUACACCUAUUGUGACUUCUGGGCUAGUGAUGCAACUCUUGGUUGGGUCCAAGUUCAUUGAAGUGGACAACAGUUUCUGCGAGGAUCGUGCCCUCUUGGAAAGAGACACUGACAAAGACGGGAAGGUUAACUUUAAAGAAUUUUUUCAUGGGCUUUUUGACAUGGUGAGGAACUAUGAUGAAGAAGGUCACCAUUCUUCACAUCAAUUUGAUGAUUCAAUGGAGGCCCCAGCAAAAAAAUUGUUUGCUCAGCUUGACAAAGAUGGUGAUGGAUACUUGUCAGAUGUAGAACUACUACCUGUAAUUGGAAAACUUCACCCGUCAGAGAGUUACUAUGCGAAACAACAAGCAGAUUACAUCAUAUCACAGGCAGAUGCUGAUAAAGAUGGGCGUCUAACCUUGGCAGAGAUGACUGAUAACCCUUAUGUAUUUUACAGUGCUAUAUUCGAUGACGAUGAGGAUGAGGAUGACUAUGAGUACCAUGAUGAAUUCCGUUAAUUUCAUGCUAGGUUGGGAAACCCCUUCCAUUUGUUUCUCAUCCUUGUUUCUAUCUUACCUGUCUUGUAAAUGAUAUAUAGAUGUUUUAAUUCCAUUUUCUGCAGGAUAUAGGGAAAAACUUUGGUAGAAUUCAAAAUUAUUUUGGCUAUAUAGUACUAGUAAGAAAAAGCUCCAUGACAUUGACGUGAAAUUUGCUCUUCCAAAUUGCCAUUUAUGGUUAAUCGCCAUGUGGUCAUAAGUCAUCCUGUACCUCCAGUUUUACCGUCAGAUAGUUCUUGGCGUCAUUGUUGUUCAUUAGAUAUGAAUGUCAGUCCACUGUGAAGGAUGACUUACACUAGAUUGAUAGCUGGAAUAUUAAUUUUGUGGCACACAGUUAGAUAUUCUGAUUUUUUUUUAUAUUCUUGGGGUUUUUACUUUUUUAAGGCUUUGUUACUCUGCAUAUUUUAUCAAGUUGAGUUGUACAUGCAUGAUAUUAUAAAAACAUUUAUCUCCAUUAGUUGUUCCAAGUGGAAGUAGUUUUAAUUGUUACAAUCGAAUUGUUUGCUUAAGGAUCAAUUACUUUAAGGCUGGUCAUUGGGGUAAAUCCGCUAUUAGAUCUCUCUCUCUCUCUCCCCUUCCAAGUUUUAGUGUUCAACUAUAAUAGUAGUAGUACUUUUGUGUGUGUGUGGGUGUUUGAAGUUUGAAGCGAAAUUAAGUUAUUGAAAAUGCUGUCCAUUACAAAAAAUACCAAUUCACACUAUGCUGGCAUUGCAGUUGCAGCUCUUAGAAAAUGCAAAUUGAAAUAUCUGAAGAACUUGUGAAAGGUAGUGUGCAUGAAUGACAAAUGGUGGUGAAUAAUGGUUAAAAUAGUGGGACCAUAAUACGAUAUAACAGUAGAGGACAGUACAGUAGGCAAGUAUUGGUCUUCCA